AACUGAAUAGUUUUUUAUUCAUUAAAUAAUUCAGUCUGCUAUGUUUUUCCCCUCUCCUGCGAGUGGUACGUUCCGCGGGGUGGCGGAAGUCUCGCUCUGCCAUGUUGAGCGCUUUGUUUCUGUGAGUGAGACGCGAUGAUGGAGCAGAGCUGGAGCUCUUUCUUAUUCCAGCAGGCUAAUGAAGCCCUUCACCACCAGCACCAUGUGGCCCCGAGCAGCCUGCUGCCACUGCUGAACUCUGAGCCACAGGACCAGAAGCCUGUGAUGCCCAUUCUACUGGACCACAAGCCCCCCGUCAGUGCCGCCGAGCUCCUCAAGGACAACGUAGCCAGUGGGACAGGGGGAGGAGGGGGUGGGAAUGCCGGAGGAGGUGGUCCAAUGCCCGUGAUCAAGAAAGAGCACAAGAGCAAGACGCCAUUCAUCUGCGGCUACUGCAACAAGGCCUUCCGUGACAGCUACCACCUCCGCCGGCAUGAGUCCUGCCACACCGGCAUCAAAAUGGUGUCCAGACCCAAAAAAACGGCGCAAGCCGCACCCACCAUGGUCCCACUCAUCUCCACCAUGUCCCGUGAGACCACGGGCGACCCUGCCUACAUCUCAACCAUUGCUGGCAUCCUUUCCACGGCGACUACUUCCACGUCCUCCUCUUCUACCAUCAUGUCCCCGAUGUCCAUGUCCAAUGUGACCCAACACAGUGCCCCCAAAAAGCCACCCAAACCUGUAAAGAAGAACCAUGGCUGUGAAAUGUGCGGGAAAGCCUUCCGGGACGUUUACCAUCUGAACCGUCACAAGCUGUCACACUCGGACGAAAAACCAUUCGAGUGUCCUAUAUGCCAGCAGCGCUUUAAGAGGAAAGAUCGCAUGACGUACCACGUGCGCUCACACGACGGAGGCGUCCACAAGCCUUACGUCUGUUCUGUGUGUGGAAAGGGCUUCUCGAGGCCAGACCAUCUCAGCUGCCAUGUGAAGCAUGUCCAUUCUUCAGAGAGACCUUUCAAAUGCCAAGUAACGGCCUGUACAUCAGCCUUUGCCACCAAAGACAGACUUCGGUCACAUAUGAUUCGGCACGAGGGGAAAGUCACUUGUAACGUGUGCGGAAAGAUGCUGAGCGCCGCCUACAUCACCAGCCACUUAAAAACACAUGGCCAGAGCAACUACAACAAUGCCUGUAACAAAGGAGAUUGGCAGUGGAACCACUCAGGGCUCAGAAAAGAUAACAGUGAAGUCUGCAACUCUGCCGCCACCACGCCAGUUACAGCCACAAACCCCAUCACCACUGCAAUGAACCGCGGCCACACCAGCCACCCUGUGACCAUAGCAGCCCAGAUGAACAUCUCUACCAACACGGUCAACAUCACGUCUCCCGUCAGCCUGCAGCACCCGGUUACCAUCACCGGCCCAGUGAACAUCGCAUCAGUCAACAUCCCAGCCACAGCGCCCAUGAACAUCGCCCACCCAGUGGCCAUCACCACACCCAUGUCCAUGAACAUCGCCACUCCGCUUAACAUCGCCAUGAGAUCUAUGGACUCUAUGCCCUUCCUGUCCCAAAUCUUACCGUCUUCUCACUGGUAGAACCAGGGGCGCUGACCAGCAUUUUUGCCCUGACUGCCGUGCUACUGACGCCUGAGUGGCAUGAACCAACCCAUCCCAUGGCUGCAUUGCAACACUAGCAGAAGAUUUGCACGGAUUUCCAACUCUCUCUGGCCUUCAAAUAUGUUUGCGUUUUGCGCACCUGCUGAGCAGCUCUCUAGCAAGGCAUUUCGCAAACCCAUCUGAGCACUUCAAACCCCGACGAAGGACGUUUUUAAGGACAAAUGCAAUAAUUGAUGUGCAUUUCAAACUUUUUUUUUUUUCAUAAACAGUGCCGAUGAGCACCUCAAUGAUUUUGAAGUGUAACCUGCUAAUCGGUAUUUAAGGAAAUUAAUUUGAAAUGAACUGUUGCUUCCAUUGGGAGGGAGAAUUUUUACAAUAUUUUUUUACAUUUAGAUUUUGCGCAGAGGUGUGAGUGCGUGCGUGCAUUUGUAUGUGUGGCAAAUAUGAAGCGGUACAGUAGAGAACUUUUUUAUUGUUAUUAUUAAUAGCGUUCAUCAUGUUUACAACUAUUCGUUUUUUUAAUGAGGGGAGGGCAGGUUCUUUCGCAUAUUGUUUAUGUGCCCAUUGUUAGCUGUUGCGUGUUUUCUUUUUGUAUACAGAAGAAAACGUUUGGAGUAAGGAUAGAGAGUCUUGAACUGAAAGCAUAUCCAUAGUCUAAUGAGGCAGUAUUAUCUAAAUAUAAAUAUCAUGAUGUGUCCCAAAUGGUGCACUUGAUGUGGUCACUAUGGUCUCAUGGCCUUUGUUUGUGCAGAUCCACAAGGUCCAUGAGGACACCGAGUAUCCCAUUUGUCAUUUUAUGAUUGAGAAAUGGUGCAGACUUCACAGCAGACUACUACUCGACAGCCUGUGCAGCAUUACUUCACCAAACCGUGGACUCGGAGAAGGACUGUAAGGGCCAAGUGUGUUUUUUGGGACAGGGAUUAUGAGCGUUAGAUAACCAGCUCAUUUAAAACAGCGCCAUCUAUUGGUUGGAGUACCACGUUGAAGACCUAUAAAGGUUUAAUUUGGAUUUUUGCCUGUUAAAAGUAUUUUAUAACCUUGUUUUUAGUAUUUUUAUAUAAUGUUUGCAAGAUCCCUGUUCUAAAAAAAAAAUUUUGACAAAGGAAAUGUCCUUAGAAUAUGAAACGAAUGUGAAUAAUACCAGGAAAAUGCCUAGGAAUUAUUCAUGUUUGUAAAUAUUUCACUUUGUUUUUAUUUCUUUCCUGUGUGUGUGUUUUUGUUUCAGGUUUUAUUUCUAUUUA